AUGCCACAUAGAUUGGGACAGAGGGAGCAGAAGCUUCCGACAUGUGAUCCUGAUAAAACUCAACUUCUUGAAGGAAAGGUGGAUUGGAGAGGAAGAAUAGCUACUAAGGAUAAACAUGGAGGACAAGGUCCUUCCUCACUCAUUUUAGGUACAUUUGCUUGUGAAAACAUGGCAUCACUUGUAUUGGGAGUAACUUUGGUGACUUAUUUCAAUGGAGUAAUGCAUUAUGAUGUAGCUGAUGCAGCAACUCAAGUUACCAAUUACUCAGGCACUAGUUAUAUUCUUACUGUCCUUGUGGCCAUCCUAGCAGAUACUUAUAUUGGCAGAUUUAAAGCUGUUCUUAUUUCAUGUUGGAUUGAGUUCUUGGGACUAGGACUGCUAGCAUUUCAAGCUCACUACUCCAAAUACAAACCGCCACAAAAUUGCAACAUUCUUGAUCCAACAUCAACAUGUGAAAAAGUUGGUGGAAAAAAUGCAGCCUUUCUUUUUAUUGCUCUUUAUUUAGUAGCCCUUGGAUCAGCAGGAAUCAAAUCUGCAUUGCCAUCACAUGGUGCAGAUCAAUUUGAUGAGAAUGACAAAAAAGAAGCAUUGCAAAUGUCAAGUUUCUUUAAUUGGCUUUUGUUAGCAGUGUGCAUUGGUGGUUCAAUUAGUACAACAUUUAUUGUUUGGAUUCAAGAAAAUAAAGGAUGGGAUUGGGGAUUUUUUGUUAGCACAAUGGCUAUGUUCUUGGGUGCAAUAAUCUUUUGUGUUGGAUUACCAUGGUAUAGAAUAUUUGUCAUUAAGGGAAGCAGUGCCAUCACAGAAAUUUUCCAGGUGUAUGUUGCAGCCAUACGAAACAGAAACCUUCAACUUCCUGAGGAUUCUGCUGAUCUCUAUGAAAUUGAUGAGGAUAAUGAAGCUGCAAUUCCAGCAGAAUUUCUACCUCACACUGAUACAUACAAGUUCUUGGACAAAGCAGCUAUUCAGACAUCACAACAACAAUACGAAAGACCAAAUCAUUGGAAACUUUGCAGAGUUACACAAGUAGAAAAUGCAAAAAUCCUACUAAGUAUGAUACCAGUCUUUUGUUGUACAAUAAUCAUGACACUUUGCCUAGCCCAACUCCAAACAUUUUCUAUUCAACAAGGUUUCACAAUGGACACAAGAAUCACAAAUAAAUUCCACAUACCACCUGCCUCAUUACCAAUUAUCCCAAUUAUUUUCUUGAUCAUAAUUAUCCCCGUCUACGAUCAAAUCAUCGUUCCAAUUUUACGCAAAUUUACAGGCAUCCCAACAGGCAUAACGUAUUUACAACGAGUCGGGGUUGGUUUAGUCCUAUCUGCUUUAUCUAUGACAGCAGCAUCCAUCUUAGAAGUUAAACGCAAACAAGUAGCACGUGACAACAACAUGCUCGACGCCAUCCCUAUAUUGCAACCAUUGCCAAUUAGUGUAUUUUGGCUAUCAAUUCAAUUUUUCAUAUUUGGGAUAGCUGAUAUGUUUACUUAUGUUGGGCUUCUUGAAUUCUUUUAUUCUCAAGCACCAAAAGAGUUGAAAUCAGUUUCAUCUUGUUUUCUUUGGACUUCAAUGUCCAUAGGGUAUUUCUUGAGUUCUAUAGUUGUGAAAGUAGUGAAUAAGGCAACAAAAAAAAUUACAAAUAGUGGGGGUUGGUUAGUUGGAAAUAAUUUUAAUAGGAAUCAUUUGAAUUUGUUUUAUUUGAUGUUGGCUGUAUUGAGUAUGGUCAAUUUUGGCAUAUAUUUGAUUGUGGCUAGCAGGUAUAAGUAUAGGGUACAGAAAAGUGCUAGUGAUCAGGAUGAUAGUAGAGUAUAUGCUUUAAUGGAAAUGAAGAAGUCACAAGUGGAAAAUUGA